AUGGCCCCCGCAGCACUUGGCUCGCCUCGUUUGGCCCCAACAGUGGUAGGCCCUACCACCAAAAAGGCUACUCGUCCAACUCGCCAGCUUCCCAGAAGUCUCAUCGAGGGAGCUAAGGUUGAGAAGAAGAUGCCCUUUGAUCCUGAUACACACAUCAUUUACCAGCCCCCGGAGAAGAUCCAUCUGAUGAGUGAAUUGGGCCUCGAGGGUGCUGGUAUCUCUCCGAAUGCAAUUUCCGAGCCCUUUCCUCUCUUCUCAGAGGCGGCCAUCAAGCAGAUGAGGGCGGAGAUAUUCAGUGACCCGGUCUUGGCGGAUUGUCAGUAUGCCUCGACCUUCUGUACCAAUAUGAUCAGAGGGAUGGGACAUCAACGUGCCCCAUUCGUUUACGAUGCCUGGAAAUCAUCCAGGCUCUUGUCUAGUGUCUCCGAGGUGGCAGGCGUGGACCUUGUUCCCGCCUGGGAAUAUGAAGUCGCAAAUAUCAAUAUCGCCGUCAAAGAUGACGACGAAGCCGAGUCCUCGAUUGACCAAAUGGUCGAUGUGAAAGACGAUAACACGGCCGCAUUUGGAUGGCACUAUGACAGCUUCCCUUUUGUUUGCGUAGCGAUGCUCUCCGACUGCACGCACAUGGUUGGCGGCGAAACAGCAGUCCAGUUGCCCUCCGGCGAUAUCAAAAAGUUCCGCGGACCUGCAAUGGGUUAUGCGGUAGUGAUGCAAGGGCGGUAUCUGCAGCACCAAGCCCUCAAGGCUAUCGGUGGUCGCGAACGUAUUUCCAUGGUGACUCCGUUUCGACCAAAGGACCCGCUCGUUCGCGAUGAGAUAGUUCUCGUGGGAGUCCGGGGCAUCAGCAACCUGUCCGAAGUGUAUCCACAGUACUACGAGUACCGACUGGACGUCCUCGAGGAGCGCAUUAGAGCUCGGAAGAAGGCUGAGAGAGCGCGAGAGACAGCUUACCGUCCGUUCAGUCUUGCGGAGGAAAGAGACUGGAUUCGUGCUCAGAGGGACUAUUUGGAUUCAAUGCUGAAUGAGAUGUAUGAGGUGAAGUAA